ACUUCGCCAAAUUUUGCUAUCUGACUUGCUAAUGUCAUGUGUCAAUAUCAUCCUUUAUUUUACCGACAUUGUCAGGAAUACAAAAUUCUAGUUUAAAAAAACAUUAAAAAAUUAUUACAAAUUAUCCAGUGUAAAAUGUUACAAAUGAAUUCAAAGAUGUCAAUUAAAACCUCGGAUUCCCCUUUUGAUGAAUUAACAAGAAUUCAAAAAAUUAGAAUAAGAAAAAUUUUAACUGCCUGCAUCGAAGCUGAACUACCUUUGAAAGAUAAAAAGGACAGCAAAAAAGAGUCGAAUUGUUUUAUGAUAUGUGGCCCUUGUCUACCAGUACCGUGUUGUGGUCUCGAUCCUGGCUGCAAGUGCAUUCCUCCAAUGGCCGACGAAGAAAUUUUGGUCCGUCCCGAGAAAGAAGAUAAAGAAAAUUAUAAUAUUAUACAACCUGGUCGUUGUCCACCUGGUUGCCCUCCGCCUGGUUGCCCACCAAAAUGUCCUAAACCUCCAUCAUGUCCAAUGUAUUGUCAACCACCCAAACCGGCGGGCUGCUGUCCACCAUCAUGUUCUCCGCCUUGUUGUCCUCCUCCAAAAUGUCCACCACCAUGCUGCCCAGCUAAGCCACCAUCAUGUCCAAUGUAUUGUCAACCACCUAAACCAGCAGGCUGUUGUCCACCAUCAUGUCCACCUGGUUGUCCUCCGCCUGGUUGCCCACCAAAAUGUCCUAAACCUCCAUCAUGUCCAAUGUAUUGUCAACCACCCAAACCGGCGGGCUGCUGUCCACCAUCUUGUUCUCCGCCUUGUUGUCCUCCUCCAAACUGUCCACCACCAAGCUGUCCAGCUAAGCCACCAUCAUGUCCAAUGUAUUGUCAACCACCUAAACCAGCAGGCUGUUGUCCACCAUCAUGUCCACCUGGUUGUCCUCCUCCUGGUUGCCCACCAAAAUGUCCUAAACCUCCAUCAUGUCCAAUGUAUUGUCAACCACCCAAACCGGCGGGCUGCUGUCCACCAUCAUGUUCUCCGCCUUGUUGUCCUCCUCCAAAAUGUCCACCACCAUGCUGUCCAGCUAAGCCACCAUCAUGUCCAAUGUAUUGUCAACCACCUAAACCAGCAGGCUGUUGUCCACCAUCAUGUCCACCUGGUUGUCCUCCUCCUGGUUGCCCACCAAAAUGUCCUAAACCUCCAUCAUGUCCAAUGUAUUGUCAACCACCCAAACCGGCAGGCUGCUGUCCACCAUCAUGUUCUCCGCCUUGUUGUCCUCCUCCAAAAUGUCCACCACCAUGCUGUCCAGCUAAGCCACCAUCAUGUCCAAUGUAUUGUCAACCACCUAAACCAGCAGGCUGUUGUCCACCAUCAUGUCCACCUGGUUGUCCUCCGCCUGGUUGCCCACCAAAAUGUCCUAAACCUCCAUCAUGUCCAAUGUAUUGUCAACCACCCAAACCGGCGGGCUGUUGUCCACCAUCAUGUCCACCUGGUUGUCCUCCGCCUGGUUGCCCACCAAAAUGUCCUAAACCUCCAUCAUGUCCAAUGUAUUGUCAACCACCCAAACCGGCGGGCUGCUGUCCACCAUCAUGUUCUCCGCCUUGUUGUCCUCCUCCAAAAUGUCCACCACCAUGCUGCCCAGCUAAGCCACCAUCAUGUCCAAUGUAUUGUCAACCACCUAAACCAGCAGGCUGUUGUCCACCAUCAUGUCCACCUGGUUGUCCUCCUCCUGGUUGCCCACCAAAAUGUCCUAAACCUCCAUCAUGUCCAAUGUAUUGUCAACCACCCAAACCGGCGGGCUGCUGUCCACCAUUAUGUUCUCCGCCUUGUUGUCCUCCAAAAUGUCCACCACCAAGCUGUCCAGCUAAGCCACCAUCAUGUCCAAUGUAUUGUCAACCACCUAAACCAGCAGGUUGUUGUCCACCAUCAUGUCCACCUGGUUGUCCUCCGCCUGGUUGCCCACCAAAAUGUUCUAAACCUCCAUCAUGUCCAAUGUAUUGUCAACCACCCAAACCGGCGGGCUGCUGUCCACCAUCAUGUUCUCCGCCUUGUUGUCCUCCUCCAAAAUGUCCACCACCAAGCUGUCCAGCUAAGCCACCAUCAUGUCCAAUGUAUUGUCAACCACCUAAACCAGCUGGUUGUUGUACACCAUCAUGUCCACCUGGUUGUCCUCCUCCUGGUUGCCCACCAAAAUGUCCUAAACCUCCAUCAUGUCCAAUGUAUUGUCAACCACCCAAACCGGCGGGCUGCUGUCCACCAUCAUGUUCUCCGCCUUGUUGUCCUCCUCCAAAAUUUCCACCACCAUGCUGUCCAGCUAAGCCACCAUCAUGUCCAAUGUAUUGUCAACCACCUAAACCAGCAGGCUGUUGUCCACCAUCAUGUCCACCUGGUUGUCCUUCUCCUGGUUGCCCACCAAAAUGUCCUAAACCUCCAUCAUGUCCAAUGUAUUGUCAACCACCCAAACCGGCGGGCUGCUGUCCACCAUCAUGUUCUCCGCCUUGUUGUCCCCCUCCAAAAUGUCCACCACCAUGCUGUCCAGCUAAGCCACCAUCAUGUCCAAUGUAUUGUCAACCACCUAAACCAGCAGGCUGUUGUCCACCAUCAUGUCCACCUGGUUGUUCUAAGCCUGGUUGCCCACCAAAAUGUCCCGCAAAACCACCAUCAUGUCCUAUGUAUUGUCAACCACCCAAACCAGCAGGCUGCUGUCCCCCAUCCUGUCCACCUAAAUGUCCUCCUCCAUGUUGUCCUCCUAGAUGUCCUCCACGAUGCUGUCCUCCAAGAUGUCCACCACCAAAUUGUCCUUCAGCUAAACUUCCCUCAUGUCCAAUGUAUUGUCCACCUCCAAAACCAAUUUGUUCUCCAAAAUGUCCUCCCAAAUGUAGCCCUCCUAAAUGUCCUUCAACGUGCCCACCUAAAUUACCAUCAUGUCCGAUGUAUUGCCAACCUCCUAAACCAGCAGGAUGCCCUCCAACUUGUCCACCUAAAUGUCCCCUGCCUUCCCCACCAAGGUGUCCUCCACCUUGUCCACCUAGAUGUCCUACACCUUGUUCAUCAAAAUGUUCUCCUCCAAGAUGUCCUUCACCUUGUCCUCCAAGAUGUCCUUCGCCUUGUCCUCCAAGAUGUCCUCCAUCUUGUCCACCAAGAUGCCCGUUGCCGUGUCAGCCUAGACCAUGUUGUCCAUGUUUGCCAUUUAAACUAUUGAAACGCUGUCCAACACCAAACAAGUGAUGUUAUUGGUUUGGUUUACGACUUUACUACCUAUGCCUCCCAGUCAAUUUGCCAAUGUAUUCGAAGAGUAUAGUACUGAUUGUUUGAGUUAUGAUUUUAUUUACAUGCAUUUUUGAUUUUUGACGGAUUAGUUUAAUUUUAGGUUGAAAAAUAAAAAUAUUAUUCUA